GUCUCACUCUUCUGCACUCUCUUGUCGCAGACUGCUCUUCCCUCUUUCGCCUUGGCUUCCCCUCGCGUCUGUCCUUGCUUGCCUUACCCUCUUCGCUUCGCGUGUGUUCGUUCUCUCUUCGACCAUUGCUCCGAGUGUGAGUAGUGAGUCCUUACGGCCUCGCUCGUACUCUGUUCGAGGGAGAGUCCGAGAGAAGAGCGAAAGGCUUCUGUGAGAUUUCAGUCCCGGCGGUUUGGAUUCGUUGUCACGCCGCCCUUGCGGUUCGUGAUAGGUCUUGCGGUGGAGCCCUCCGUCGCCGUCGAGGGCGAAGGUUGCGGGGAACUAACUUCGACAAUUGCUUUUCGAAUCGACAGCGUACUCUGAGCCUUUACAAUGAAGGAUACGGGGAAGGCGAAGAAAGGGGCGAACACGCGGGUUGUGAAAGAGAAGACUAGCAAAGUUGUAGACAAGGAUAUAAAGAAGCGUAAGGCUGUUGUCAAAGACGCCAAGCCAAAGAAGCAACGGAAGUCAAAGAAGGCGACGAAAGCUGCGAAGGACCCGAACCAACCGAAGAGGCCACCAACUGCCUUCUUCAUCUUUCUUGAUGAGUUCAGGAAGUCCUUUAAGGAAGACCAUCCCGAGGCCAAGGGUGUCGCUGUGGUUGGCAAAGCCGGAGGAGAGAAAUGGAAAGACAUGUCCGAAUUCGAGAAGGCUCCCUACAUUGCCAAGGCCCAACAGAAGAAGCAGGAGUAUGAUAAGUCCAUGUCAGCAUACAACAAGCAAAAGCAGGACGAUGAAGAGGACGACGAGGGAACACCUGAGGAAUCGGAUAAGUCAAAGCAAUCCGAAAUCAAUGACGAUGAUGAGGAGGCGUCAGAGGAGGAGGAUGACGAUAUGGACGAUUAGUCUUGCCACCUAAUCAAUAUCUGCAGUGUUAGGAUAGAAAGGAAGACCUGCCUAUUCAGGAGAGUUGACCAUCAACUCGUUUUGUAAAUGCAUUUCAGAUCGUACGUUGGGCUAGAGCACUGAAGUCAGUAAUUUGUCAGAAGUAGGCGUAGUGAAGGUCAUUGUACAUUAGAAGUAGUGGUGGUUUGAUACUGUAUCAGUCUUGAUAGACACGCGUAUCAUGCACAAUAUGCCAUGCCUUCGGAGCGGAGACCUGAAAAGUGCAUCUCAGGGUCUUAACUCCUCUGAAGCAUGUUUAACCUGUUCGAGCUAUCUGGGUCAUCUGUGUCAAAUGUAAUGGCUGGUUAUGUGCAUGGAGAGAACUAUUCAGUUGCAAAGGUUUAUUCUUAGCACAGGAGCCAUCAAUCUUUUUGCAGAGUUGGUUGGAUGUGCAUGAUCCAUGUGCCCAAUGUGAACGGAGCAUGUGUCCUUACUCUUGUGGCUUAAAUUCAUUUGUGAAAGCUUUAGAGCUUUUUCUGAAAUAAAUUGAGCCAUUUUCAGUUUAUUCG